AUUAAAGAAUUUCCAGGAGCACCGAAAUCGAAAAAUCUUUAUCAUCUUUUUCACGUUUAGUUUCAACUUCUAAUCUGUUAAUUCACGAUUCAAAACCUAAGCUCGCAGUUACUACAAGUUUCUAUCAGUGUCACUAUUUUGAGCUUCUCUUUACCAUCUUCCAAAUCCCAUUUCUUUGAAGCCACAUAUUAUUUACUAAAGCAUAAUUGAUUGAUUAAUCGGAGCACGUGUUAGGGUUUCGAGAAGUCGAUCUCGGAACACAGUCCAAACCCUAAUUCUGCAUAUCCAUGUCAUUUUGAUUUUUGCUACUUCCGACAAUGGCGAUCAUCGGCGACGCACUUCGCCAGGCGUUCAUGCCGAAGCGCGAGUACGAGAGCCUUAGGGAAGAAGAGAAAGCGUGGGGCAAGCUUCAGAGACCUGUGACUGUGGCUUCCGUAGUUGCCAUCGGGCUUGCUAUAUUCGUGUCCACGGUUAUCAGUUUGAAAAUCGUGUUUCCGAGUAGCGAUGGGAAGAGAGCGUUAUGCGUCGAUCGGAGGCUUCAAUCUAUACAGAUAGGGAUGAAAGGUGAUUCCGAUUCGGAUCGGUUUCCCGGUGGUUUCUAUCUCACGGACCAGGAGAUUGCUGAUUAUUACUGGAUGGUUGUGUUCAUUCCUUCAACGAUCGUUUUCGCGCUCUCGGUUGUGUAUCUCGUUGCUGGCAUGGCUGUUGCAUAUUCUGCUCCAACAAGGCAUGGAUGCUUGAAGGUGGUUGAAAAUAAUUUUUGUGCUUCAAGAAGGGGUGGGGUACGAUGUCUGUCCAUCUUAAACCUUAUAUUUGCUAUCAUCUUUGGUCUUCUUGCCUUGUUUCUUGGUUCAAGCCUCUUGACAAUGAUGAGCAACUGUUCUAAACCUCUGUUUUGGUGCUACGAAAUUUCAUCGUGGGGAUUGGUUGUACUAUAUGGGGGCACUGCUUUCUUCUUGAGGAGAAAGGCGGCCACAAUUCUCGACGAGGGAAAUUUAAGUGGUCGAAAUCUGGGGCUGGAAAUGUUGGAAACGAAUCCCCUGGAAGUUACCCCAGAGGUGGAAAGGCGUGUAAAUGAAGGGUUUAAAGCAUGGAUGGGUCCAUCCCUUCUUUCUUCUGACGAAGAAGACGAAGUUGACAGCUAUGACGAGGCACCUCGUGGCAGUGCCAUACGUUCUAACUCAAACAGGCAAAGAGUCUGAACUCGAUAUAUUCAAGAGUCAAGAGCUUCAUAUCAUCUUUUCCAGCCUUCAUGCCUUAAAGAAUGCUGUAUGGUGUGGAAAGCAGUUUUGGACAAAAAAAUGUUUACAUGUAUCAUAUGACCAAAAAAAAAAUGUUGAUUAAAGGAGUAUGAAUUUGAAGUUCAACUUUGAACUACCAUUUCGUCUGGUCGAGUUGGUAGUCUGUAGUGUAGUCUGUGAAUAAUUACUAAAUCGGGAAUGACCAAGCUUUGACUUUACUUAGGUGGACUACAAAAUGUUUGCUGAACAGCUCACUGAUCUUCUCUAUGGAGGCCUAUUUUUUAGUUUGAUUACAAUUUUGUUGGUGAA